CGCAAUACACCCACUACAGCUGAUUUUGACAGAGCUGUUUGGUGUAUGUGUGAUUAAUUUCGUGACCGUUGGCUUGCGGUGUAUGAAACGCUUUUCCCAUUGAUCAAAAUUAUGAAUGCAAAUAAAAAGAUAGAGGAGGGUCUUGAACACAUCAGGGUCGCAGAGAAAAGUCUCAAAACAUCCCUUUUGAAAUGGCGCCCCGAUUACGAAAUAGCCGCCGAGGAAUACAACAAAGCAGCGACCUGCUUUCGUAAUGCCAAGGCUUUCGAACAGUGCCGUGACAGCCUAUUAAAGGCGGCAGAUUGUCACAAACAAAACAGAUCAUUGUUUUAUGCCGCCAAAUGUAUCGAUCAAGCGAUUUUAGUUUGCAAGGAGUUAGGAGAUUUAAGAGACGUACCCGCGUUCGCGGAGCGAGCCGCGAAUAUGUUCCAAAGCCAUGGGAGUGCGGAUACUGCGGCCGCCUCCCUGGAUAAGGCUGCCAAAAUUGUCGAGCAGCAGCAUCCAGAGCAAGCGCUUAACUUAUAUUUACACGCCGCUGAUAUCGCAAUGGUUCAGGAUAGUUCACGACAGGCGACCGAAUAUGUAAGCAAAGUGUCGCGAAUCUACGUCAAGUUGAAACAGUUCGAUUCGGCCGCAGACUCACUGCGACGUGAAAUAGGUCUUCAUCAACAAAAUGAAUCUUACCAGGCGACCGGCCGGUUAGCAGUAGCUUUAGUGUUAGUACAAUUAGCGCGCGGUGACGUCGUCGCUGCUGAAAAGGCAUUUAAAGAAUGGGGGAAUUAUUGCGAAGGACCCGAGGUGCAGACGUUAGAAAUGCUUCUCCAGGCGUACGAUGAGGAGGAUCCUGAAAGUGCAAAAAGAGCUUUGAGCAAUCCAUUUAUUAAACAUAUGGAUGUAGAGUAUGCUAUAUUAGCGCGGGACUUGCCCCUACCUGAAGGCGCUGCGACUGCACCUAGAGCUAGCGUUAGAGAAAAUGCAGCGCCGUCAUAUGUGUCCCCAAAUUUGCAAACCGCCGCUUCUUUAGAGAAUGACAUACAAGAAGUAAACGAUAAAAUGGACGACUUGAAAACAGAAUCGAAGACGGCGAAGGAUGAAAGCGACGAGGAAUUUGAAGGUGGAUUAUGCUAAGAAAACACCCAAAAUCAACAUUCCCAUUUCUGUUAAUCUAUAUCCGCUGUAAAUUGCCGUGUCGAGGUGUAACUAUUAGAUGUCGUUAAUGUGAUAUUCCUGCACCACAUACAAGAGUUAACUUUUCGUAGAAUAUUUGCUAAAACGUUUUUAAUUAUAAUGAUGUUUUAAAUUUUGCAGAGAAGGCAACGAAUUAUUGAAAUCGGUUUGGGCUCAAAAAUUUAAAACUCCUAGUACCGACUUAAUUAAGUCAAACUGACAUUUCAAAACAGAGCAGAUCAUGCAGUAGGUAUUAACUUAAAUAAGCUUGUGUAUAGUUUUUUAUUUUGUUAUUUUUGGGUACAUACGUAUUGUUACGUUUGUAUUUGUACAGAUUGCACUAAUAUAUAAAAAUUGCUAUUUAAUUGUUAUAUAAUAAACUUAUGUCAGUAAA